CCCAAUUCUAAAUAUUUCCCCCAUGAUCGCAUACCAAGACACGUCUGCAUACGUAGAAUGCAGGCCGCUCUGUCAUUUCAUAGCAGCCAAAUCGGCUUUCGAAUAUUUCCAAGUACCCCACUACGACCUUGAGAAUGUCUGCCACGAAUGGCAAGGCUGAUAGCCAUGCCCCUCAGCCUGACAAUGAGCUCGAUGAAAAAAUACUCGCACUCGACAUAUCUGCCUCUGCAGAAGAGACCCAGGCAAUGGCAACUAGAAUGCAGCAGAGAUGCAAGCUAUUACUAGAAGAGUUGGAGGAGUUCCAGGCACAUCUCAAACAGCAGAAGAAAGAAAAGCGGGUUGAAGUGAGGGCCUUUAAGACAGGCCUUUACGCUGAGAUGAAGCUCUUGAAUAAACUUGCCGUUUCGGACCCAAAUGAACCCAAGACGAAGCACGGUUUACGAUCGUCCAAUCUAUCUUUCUUCGAUACAGUAUGGUCCAUAGCAAAAACUCGCAGCAGUGUGGUAGCAUUGGGCAAACGAUUCUUCUGGCAACACGAGCAAAAUAAUGGAGACACCAAUGGCAAGGUAUUAACGAGGGGAACUCGGCAUCGCAAAGAUGUCGCAACGGUAGACAUUGUGUCACAAGAUGGUAUGGAAUGGAUCAAAGUAUCUUCCAGAACAGAGAAACGAAUAAUAUGGGAUCUCACAAGAGCUGGAUGGGCCGGUGACUCAUCUAGUGACGAGGACGACGAGAUGCAAUCUCUGGAUGACGACGACGAUGAGCCCGGUUUGGUGAAACAAAUCGAAGCACUUGUCAAAGCUUCUCGAGUCACUAGGAUACGAUACCGUCAUCCUACCGUACGACUCAUUCUCCCAAAGAUCAAGGCCGUACCGGAUUCGAAAGAGGUUGGAAAUGUCCUAAAGCAGAUCAGGGAGUUGGGGGUGGAUGUACAAACGUCCGAAGAAGUGUCUUCUGAAUACCCUCCAAUCUCCUCUGUGAUUCAUCGAAUGGCGUCAGAUCGAUUUGAAUUCUUUUCUGAGUCGCUCAAUAUUGAUUGCACUAUUCUGCUUGCAUUCGCUAGCGAUUUGUCCCACGGAAGAGUUGAGCCUGAGGAUUGGCACAACAAAGCAAUCUCGCGGCAGAUAGAAGUAGAGAACCAGGACCAGUUGUUGCCCUCUAACCUAUGGCCUGCGUGUGGCAAUCGGAAAAUGGUAUGUACUCGAGCAGCCGCGGUUCGAAUGCAAGAGAUCGUGGAUAUCAUCGGAACCGAAACGGAGAAGAGGAGAGCUACGCUGCUGCUCGAUACGAGUACAGACUGUCAGCUUAGCAGAGAGGACCGUAUACGAGAGUUCCAAAAGCUCUCAGAUUACGCUGUCCCGCUGGGAUGGGCUCUACCUAUUGCUGUCGUUGAUAUUGACAUACCAGAAAUCAUGGCCAGCCUUCCUCCCGUCGCCGAGAAAGUGUUGGAGAGUUUGACGUCUAUCAACAAAUCAGUAUUCUUGUAUGGCUGGUCAACAGGCAAGACAACAAUUAGUAGUAACGGCGCCGUGGCCAAGGACGUGGAAUCGACCAUUGAAGCCCAUCGUAUGGACGAAGAGACUAUAGGUCCGGAUAUCUGGCUGUCUGCGUCCUCGAGGUCCUUGGUUGGCAAAGAGAAAGAGAGGAGAGGAGCGAAUAGCAAUGGGCAAUCACAUGCGCCAUUAGCUACCUUACCUUAACAAUAUUAAAUUUUCAAAUCCAGUUCAG